AUGAAGGGUGCUCUCCUGACCGCGGCGGUGCUGCUCGGCUCGGCCCAGGGCGCCGUGCACAAGCUGAAGCUCCAAAAGGUUCCUCUUUCGGAGCAGCUCGAUGCCGUCCCGAUCGAGAUCCAGGUCCAGCAGCUGGGUCAGAAGUACAUGGGCACCCGCUCGCGGCAAUCGCACUCCGAUGCUGUUUGGAAGGGCAUGAUGCCCGAAGCCAUGGGCAGCCACCCGGUGCCCAUCUCCAACUUCAUGAACGCUCAGUAUUUCUCCGAGAUCUCUCUUGGCACUCCUCCUCAGACCUUCAAAGUGGUGCUGGACACCGGCAGCUCCAACCUCUGGGUGCCUUCAGUUGAUUGCGGCUCGAUCGCCUGCUACCUUCACACCAAGUACGACUCGUCGGCGUCGUCUACUUACAAGCCGAACGGCACAAAGUUCGAGAUUCGCUACGGCUCUGGCAGCCUGAGCGGCUUCGUGUCACAGGACGUUCUGCGCAUUGGUGAUAUCACCGUGAAGGGGCAGGACUUCGCCGAGGCUACGAGCGAGCCCGGUCUAGCCUUCGCCUUUGGCCGCUUUGACGGCAUCCUCGGUCUUGGCUACGAUACGAUCUCGGUCAACCGCAUUGUCCCCCCCUUCUACAACAUGAUUGAGCAGAAGGUCAUCGACGAGCCCGUCUUCGCCUUCUACCUUUCCGACACUAGCGGUCAGUCGGAGGUCACCUUUGGUGGUAUUGAUAAGACCAAGUAUAAGGGCAAAAUCACGACGAUCCCGCUCCGCCGCAAAGCCUACUGGGAGGUUGAUUUCGACGCCAUCUCUUAUGGUGACGACACCGCUGAGCUGGAGAACACUGGCGUCAUCCUCGACACCGGCACCUCUCUCAUUGCUCUCCCCAGCCAGCUGGCCGAGAUGCUCAACGCUCAGCUCGGUGCCAAGAAGAACUUUGCUGGCCAGUACACCAUCGACUGCGCUAAGCGCGACGCCCUUAAGGAUAUCACCUUCACCCUAGCCGGCUACAAUUUCACCCUGACCCCGUAUGAUUACAUCCUCGAGGUCAGCGGCAGCUGCAUCUCCACGUUCAUGGGCAUGGAUUUCCCUGCGCCUACUGGGCCCCUUGCCAUCCUGGGUGAUGCGUUCCUGCGCAAGUACUACUCCAUCUAUGACCUUGGUGCCAACACUGUUGGUCUUGCUGAGGCUGCUUAG